AUGGAGCACACUUCAUUGGACUCAACAGAUGGUUUUCUUUCUAAUGAGGACUUCCAGAGGAUUAAGGAAUUAAAGGCAAAGAAGGAUACCACAUUUGCUUUGACUCAGCAUGGAUUGUUGAAAAAGGGUGCAGAUCCAAAUCACCAGGAUUCAGGAUUCCCAAUUCGGAUGAACUGA